ACAACAAUGAAAUCUAUUAGGUUAUAAAUUGAUGAAAAAAUGGUAAUUUACGGUAUUUACAUAGUUUCAAAGUCUGGGGGGCUUAUUUUUAAUCAUGAAAAUAAUGUCCCCAAAAUUGAAUGCGAAAAAACGUUCUCUUAUCCGUUGGAUAUCAAGUUAAAAGUUGAAAACAAGAAAAUUUUGGUGGAUUUUGGGCAAAGGGAUGGCCUACACGUUGGGAAUAUUUUAUAUGCAAUAAAUGGUAUACCAGUGACAGGGGGGCAGUUGGAUGAUGGUCGAGAUGCAAUGGAAGUAAUAGAAAAUCCCGAAAACUACCCAAUAAACCUUAAAUUUGGUAGAGUUAAAAUGACAACAAACGAUAAAAUAUUCUUGGCCAGUAUGUUUUACCCUUUAUUUGCCAUUGCAAGUCAGCUGAGUCCUGAACCAAAAUCAUCAGGGAUUGAAGUUUUAGAAGCUGAUACCUUCCGAUUGUACUGUUUUCAAACAUUAACAGGUGUUAAGUUAAUGAUAAUAGCUGAUCCCCAUCAGGCUGGUAUCGAGUUGUUAUUAAAGAAGAUUUAUGAAAUUUAUGCUGAUUAUGCAUUGAAAAAUCCUUUUUACUCAUUGGAGAUGCCAAUUAGGUGUGAAUUGUUUGACACAAAUUUAAAGACAUUAAUUGAGCAGAUGGAGAAAUCUGGAAUUGCUAAUAUUUAAUUGUGAUGUAAGAUAUUUUUUAUUUUAAGUUAAGGUAAACUAAUUAUUGGUUUAAAUUUUAUU